UGUAAAUAGAAACUGUUGGAAUUACCGGAAUAAAUACUGCGCAAAACUACACUUAUUAGCCAAUUCAUUAUUUGGUAAGGGAGGGAUGGUGGUAAGUUAAAGGGAAGCAAAUAUGUCAUUAGUGAAAUUCCUGUUUCAAUUUUCCAGUUUGCUGUUUGUAUCUACCGGUUACGUUAAAGGUUGCCUUAGAAGUUCAGGAAAUUCAAACAUUGACAAACUGACAUACAAAGUAAAUAACCAAACAAUUCCCGAAAACCAUAGACUAGAAUGUACAGAGAAUGAGACACGAACAUUAGCAUGUUUGAAUGGAGGAUCAUGCUUUGCUGUAUAUGUAGAAGACAGAGUAGUAGAAUGUGCAUGUUUAAAUAAAUAUAUUGGUAACCGUUGUGAAAUGAUAGACCCGGAAAUUAUAUUUGAUCAAUUAGCAAGAGAGAAAGAAGUUAGAAUUGGAUUCAUUUCCGGUUUUACAGCUUUAAUCAUCUUAUUAGUUAUCGUAAUUCUGAUACUUAUAUGGUGUAAAAUAAGAAGAAGAAAGAAACCAAAAAAUAGCAAAAGUAAAAGUUAUGAGGAAGUAGGUCAGAGCGAUCCAAAAGAGCCGGUAAAGAAAUUAGAAGUUGAAGCAAACAAAAAUGUAGAACAGCCAGAUAAAUUUCCUGACGAACCCGUUGAUUAAAUAGAACCAGCGAAUGCGAUAUAAACUGUUUUUUUAACGAAUGGAAAUAGCUUGAAGCAAUACCACUUUUAUUCGUAAAGAUUGCUUUGUUAGCGAGCGCUGAUUAUUCUAGCUUUAAAGCGGCACAGGAUAAAAUAAAACCAACAUUCAUUUUCUUCCAAAGACAUUGUCGUAAUUCUUUACAUAUUUUAUAUUUCAUGGAUACAAAGAUUAUGAAAAAUAAAGCCACAAA